CAAUCAUUGUGCUCAAGUAUCGGAUAUCUGCCAGUGACGGACAUACAUUUUACUUAUCAAGUAAAAUAAAUCCUGUGACCUUACUUAUAUCCUUGUUUGUAUGUCCUCAUCAAGACUAUAAAACAUCUGUACUCCUCUCACAAAGUAAAACUUACGAGGAAAAUGAAGCUUUCUAUCAUCUUAGUCGUAUGUCUGGUUGUAGCAGUUUCUGGAACUUGGUAUAGGAAACCAAAGCCUCAACCUACUUGGAAGCCCAGAAUUGGAAAUGGCGGAAACGGUGGAACUUGGAACGGCGGGAAUGGAGGAAACGGUCGGAAUGGUGGAAACGGUGGUACUUGGGAUGGUGGAAAUGGAGGAAACGGUCGGUAUGGAGGCAGUGGUGGAAAUGGUGGUCGUUGGGAUGGUGGGAAUGGAGGAAGCGGUCGGUAUGGAGGUAGUGGAGGAAACGGUGGUCGUUGGAAUGGUGGAAAUGGAGGAAAUGGAAGGAAACGCUAAAAUAUAAGUGACUGAGAUUCGGACUAAUGUCAAAUGAACAUGUGACUAAAUAUUUGAAUAUUCCUUCUGAAUUAUGUAGCACAAAAACAAAUCAAUAAAUCUGUGUUCGCAUGUGA